AAUCACAGAAUGGACUUCUGGAAUAUGACCUUCAAAAUCAUUUUCUUAUCACAAACUACAGCUGGAAUUCUGGGAAAUUUCUCUCUCCUUUACUACUUUCAAGUUCAUUAUGGAGAAAGCAAAUUAAAGCCAACAGAUUUGAUACACAUGCACUUAAUGGCAGCCAACACUUUGAUCAUUCUCUCUACAGGAGUGCCUACCACAAUCACAGCUUUUGGGUUGAAGCACUUUUUAAGCAAUUCUGCAUGCAGAUUAAUUCUGUACAUUCAAAGAGUUGGCCGGAGUGUGUCCAUUGGCACCACCUGCCUCUUGAGUGUCUUCCAAGUCAUCACCAUCAGUCACAAGGAAUACUGCUGUAAGGAUCCAAAAGUCAAAACUUCAAAGUACAUUGGCUGCUCCAUUCCCCUCCUCUGGGUUUUGUACAUGUUGAUAAAUGUCAUUUUCUUUUUGUACCCACUUACUGAAAGUAAAAAUCUGACAAGAAAACAAGAUUUUGAAUACUGUUCCACUGCAGGGAGGGAUGAAAUCAAUGACUCACUCUAUUCAGCACUACUAAUGUGCCCUGAAAUCUUCUUUUCUUUGCUCAUGACCUGGUCCAGUGGCUCCAUGGUUGUCAUCCUGUACAGACACAAACAGAGGAUUCAACACAUCCGUAGCACUCGUGGUUCCAAUAGAAUCUGCUUUGAGUCCAAAGCCACCAAGAGCAUCCUGGCCCUGGUAUCUAUCUUCCUGUCUUUUUGUACUCUCUCCUCCAUCUUACAAGGCUGUGUUGCUCUUUUGUAUAAUCACAGUUGGUGGCUGGUGAACAUCAACUGCCUCAUUUCUCUGGGUUUUCCCUGUUUUGCACCACUUGUUCUUAUAAAUCGUUACUCUGUGGUUCCUAGAUUCAGUUUGGUUUGGAUAAGGAAUAAAAUCUCUAAUUCUUAUUUUAAGUAUGUAAAUGAUACGUUUUUUUUGUUGUUGUUGUAUCCAGGUGUUUACUUUACCAUCUCCCUCAGAAUGUCAGUACAGAAACUGAAAGAGUUGGUGUCUUGUCCUUUAAUAAUUGACCAAAAUGAUAAAUUGGGAGUUUUGUCAGUUGGUUUAAUUUGA